CGAUGGUGGCAUCCAGCACAGGACGUGCUGGCCACCACAGGCAUGUCCUUCAGGAGCUAGUGGGGAGCUGCCUUGCCCUUCUCAUUUCAGCUGGAGAAAUACAACACACCAGCAAGUCUCAGCCACCCAGAAACCUGUGGUUGGGCAUCGCCAUCAGACCCCACAUCAGAACCAUCUGUUUCAUGCGCAGCAGCAAAGACAACAUUUUGGGUUUUUCCCCAGCGUGGCAGAACAUGGAUCAAAGCAAAAAGGCAGGCGAGAAUAUCUAGGGCCAAGGAAAACUGGGAGGUGCUGAGUUACCAAAAGUACUUUGGAUAGGUCGGUGCUACUCAAAUGUCAAGGGAAAAUGUAUGUGUGUGUAGGUGUUUGGCAGCUCUUGUGCUCCAUCCCGUUUUGGGAUAGCCCAGAGAAGAGAACGGUAAAUCCCUAAGAUAUAUAUUGUCUGGCUUAAAUUUGAGCGGGGUUAAGUGUUUGCGGUGCAGGGGAGGGAAAAUGAAACCUGUUCCUCCUUGGCUUCAAAGGCUUGGACUACAAGGGAGCUCUUGUUCAGGUAGGAUACAAGGGCAGGGUUUUCCUUCUUCAGCAGAAGCGUGAGGCAGGGUAACGCAGUUGUGGCCAAACUAAAUCAAUGGCAGCUCUUUUUCCAGCCAAAAGGUCUGUUUAUCUCAGCCCUUCGAUGCUCCCAUGACUCCAGUGGUUUACAUUGUGCUGGGUGGCUUAAUUUUUCAGAAAAUACUUAAGGUUAAUGGCCAAAUUUAAGAUUUAAGGUUAAAGUCCAGAGCACUUUAUUCUCCAAAAGGCCUGUCCGUCCUCUCCUCUACAUGAAUUUCCUCUGCCUGUUCAAAUGUUCUUGUUCCUCUUGCAGGAAAGACUCACCUAGUUGUGCUGCAGCUGCAGAAAAACCACAGCACCCAAAAAAUGAGCCUUGGCUGGAGCUUCUGGAGCUUCCCCCCCGGGGCCGGGAGGCUGCCUCUGGCCGGGGCUCAGCGGGGCGGCUUUUCUGGUCCAACCAUUCCUGAUCCCAGCCGGCGUGAAGCCCGUCUGUCCCCAGGGCAGAGCGAAGCUCUUCCACCUCAGCUCGCUCGGCGCCGGACGGCAGCGGCAUGGGGCUCCGGGGAGCCUGCCUCCUCCUCCUCCUCUGCCUCCUCUCCCUCGCCCAGGUCUCCAACCAGCAAAACGGCAAAGUCCGGCAAAAACCAGCGGCUUCCAAGAAAGAUGGUGUGAACCUCAAAAUGAUUGAAGACCUGAAGGCCAUGAUUGACAACAUCUCUCAGGAGGUUGCUCUGCUGAAGGAAAAGCAAGCACUCCAGACAGGUAAAGGACUCGCUGAAGAAG